AUAUGUCAGAGAGGAAUGUACCCACCCCUUUUCUGCCUGCGCCUCACCCCAGACCCCACCCCCAUCCCCUUGGCCCUCUGCAUACCACUUGAGACUCCUGCUCCUAAUAUAGACCCAACUGGUUUGUGGGACAGGCAGGGGGAGAGGAGCCUGCAUGUAGCAGGAUCUAGCGUUUAUUGUUGGAUCAUGUUUCAAGAGAUGCGUGAAGAAUUGAAGAAUUCAGAGGCUGAUGCUGAGAUGUACAUGAAGUUCAUGAAAAGUCAUUGCUGCUAUGAGGCCAUUCCAACCAGCUGUAAACUGGUCAUAUUUGACACAACACUACAAAACAUACUCUUCCUGCUGAACUCAGCCCAGAUAUUCUCCCUCCACUUCCCAAGGGAAAGGUCAUGGUCCCUUUUGGUGAAGAAAGCCUUUUUCGCUCUUGUAGCAAACGGCUUGAGAGCUGCACCUCUCUGGGAUAGCAAGACACAGAGGUUUGUGGGUAUGCUGACUAUAACAGAUUUCAUCAACAUUCUCCAUCGUUACUACAGGUCCCCAUUGGUUCAAAUGAACGAGCUGGAGAGGCAUCAAAUUGGAACAUGGCGAGAUGUGUACCUGCAAUACUCCAACCACUGUCUUCACAGUAUCGCUCCAGACGCCAGCCUCUUCGACGCCAUCUAUUCCCUACUGAGGUAUAAGAUCCACAGAUUGCCGGUUAUCGAUCCCGUGUCCGGAAAUGUCUUACACAUUCUCACGCACAAGCGAAUCCUCAAGUUUCUCCAUAUAUUUUACUCUACACAGAAAGAGACAGUCCCAAAACCCUGCUUCAUGCAGAAGACGAUCCAGGACGUUGGGAUCGGGACAUUCCGGAACAUUGCCACGGUCCAGCAGACGGCCUCAGUCUAUGAUGCCCUGUCUGUGUUUGUAGAGAGGAGGGUCUCCGCACUGCCCGUAGUAAACGAGCAAGGCAAGGUGGUGGCUCUCUACUCCAGAUUUGAUGUGAUUAAUCUGGCUGCCCAGAAGACAUACAACAACCUGAACAUGUCCAUGCAGGAGGCCAUCCGACGGCGCUGCUGUUUCAUUGAGGGAGUCAUCAAGUGCCUCCCCGACGAGACCCUGGAGACCGUCAUUGAUCGCAUAAUUAAGGCUGAGGUCCAUCGGCUGGUCCUGGUGGACAAAGAGGACGUGUGCAGGGGGAUCAUCUCUCUCUCUGACCUGCUCCAGGCCAUGGUGUUAAGCCCGGCAGGUAUUGAUGCCCUUUUAGCACCUGUGGGAGUCCGGCCCCCUUGCCCUUCCUCCAUCUUCCACCGCCUCUAGCCCCACCUUCCUGGCCCAGAGAUUUCAAGCAAAUCAAACUGAGAUCACUAGAGGACAAUGUGAAGUCCAUGGUGGAUGAAAAGGGAGACCGUUUUCAAAAUGUCAACAUACUGUUGUAGAGAAAAACAAUCUGCAACAAUCAGCUGUAUCAGUUGAGUUCAAUAAAUCACAAUAGUCAUUAGUUACAUUUGAUCAAAUUGACGAUACAUUUGUGUUACUUUGUGUUGCGCUGAAUUUGUGCUGUAUUAAACAUGUUCAAAUCAA